AUGACAAUGACAAGUCCUAGCCUCUUCCAAAUCCUUCUCUUAGCAUUUGCUUGGCAAUGCUGUGCAGAGGUUGCUGCCAUUUUUGACGACAUCACCGGCACUGCAAAUCUCGUCAACGGGGUCGUAUCAACGGUAAAUCAGCCGCUUCUUCAUCCUGCAGCAGCACCGCUGCCUCUUGGUAUUGGAACUCUUCCGGACCUCGGCGGCACGGUAAAUGACAUUAAGGCAAAUGUUGAUCUGAAUGGGAAUGGUGGGUCGGUUUUUGAUGUUACAAAACAUGGAGCUAAAGGUGAUGGAAAGACCGAUGAUGCACAGGCAUUCAUGACAACAUGGAUUGAAGCUUGCCGGAACGCAGAAGGUCCGGCGAAGUUUUUGAUCCCACAAGGCACAUUUCUGGUGGGUCCGGUGACUUUCGCCGGACCGUGCAAAAGCUUCCCAAUCACCCUCGAAAAUCAGGGAACUGUGAAGGCUACAACCGAUAUCACUCAAUAUUCUUCUCCAGAAUGGUUCUCCAUUGAAGAAAUUACUGGUUUCAUCCUCACUGGCUCCGGCGUCUUUGACGGCCAAGGCGCUGCCUCUUGGCCCUAUAAUGACUGCAAGAAAAAUACCAAGUGCCAGAUUCUUCCAAUCUCGAUUAAAUUCACAAAAUUAAACCACACAAUUGUUGAUGGGCUGGCUUCACUGAACAGCAAGGGCUUUCACACAUCUAUAUUCUAUUGCUACAAUUUCACUGCUACCAACAUGAACAUCAUAGCUCCAGGAAAUAGCCCCAACACCGAUGGAAUGCAUAUUAGUACCUCAAAAUUAGUCACCAUUACGAAUAGUGUCAUUGGCACCGGUGAUGAUUGUGUCUCCAUUGGCCAUAGUACUGAGAAAAUCGUCGUUACCAAUGUCACUUGUGGCCCAGGACAUGGUCUCAGCGUUGGCAGCUUAGGCAAGUACUCAAAAGAGAAGAGUGUCUACGACGUUCUAGUAAAGAAUUGCACCAUUUUCAAUGCCACCAAUGGUGCCAGAAUCAAGACCUGGGCUAGCCCUAUCUCGGGUUUAGCCUCAGGAAUAACCUUUGAAGACAUUAUAAUGUACAACGUCAAAAACCCUAUAAUCAUCGAUCAAACGUACGGCACUAAGCAGAAGAAGGCUUCGAACUGGAAGAUCAGCGAUGUUCACUUCAAGAACAUACGGGGAACAUCGACGACGAAUGUGGCGGUGUCGUUGGAGUGCAGCGAGUUGCUUCCAUGCGAGGAGGUGGAGCUUAGGGACAUUAACUUGACUUAUGGAGGCCCCAACUUGAGGAAUACGACCAUUCUUUCUUCAUGUUCGAAUGCAAAGAUUGAUUCAUAUGGGAUGCAGAACCCACCAGCUUGUGUUGUUUAA